AUGUUUAAACUUAGGCUUAGUUUUCCACCUGAUUACCCAAGAAGUCCCCCCAAUGUUGUUUUCAUCACAAAAAUUUACCACCCAAAUGUAUCAGAUAGUGGAGGCAUUUACCUAAAAGUUUUGAGGACCGACUGUUGGAUCCCCAUGCCGAUUGUUAAGCUUUUCAAGGGAUUAGUGGAGAAGUUGAUUGAACCAGAGGUGAAUGAUGAGGAACAGACCAUUGAAUAUCUUGUCAACCUCUACAAAUCUGAUAGGAGAAGGUUUGAAGCCAUGGCUAGAGAGAUGACUAAUCAAUAUGCUGGGAGAGAAAUCUGA